AUGGCAAACAACACAAGCAGCGGCACAGGUGCGCUCCCGAGACAAGUCGCAAGACAAAUCAGGCAACAGAGCCAAACCCGAGGGCGUCCAACGACCCGAUCCGGCGCAUCAAACACUCAGCACAGUGCCUAUCGAGCUGCUCCAUAUCCCAGCCCUAUCCGACCUGGUAUGGGUAGCAGCUGCUACGCCACUGCACCCCAUGACGUGGAGGACACCUUCGAACCUGAUCCUAUGGAACUUGAUCCGAUGGAAAUUGACACCCCUCCCGAACAAGAGCCUGCACCAGCCACCGCCGUCGCUCGCAACCAGCAAUCCGAGGAGAAUGGCGUUCAUCGCCACAUCUUCUACAUCCCCAUUCGACCUCGUCCUAUGCCAACUCUAGAUCUCGACGUGCUGACCGCCGCUCGGGCUGAAGUGAGCCGGCUGCAGAGAGCGGGAAUUCCGGUUAUGCAAACCUUGCCAGAGCGACCUGGACCUCAUCUCUACAUCCGUGUUGAUACUGACCGGGCGAGCCGUGAUCAUGCACUUACUGAUGCCAAUCUUCGGAUGGGUACCAUGCAGGACAUGAUUCGCGAUGGCUUUGGCUGGUUCACGGGUUUGCCUUACCGCCACCCGCAUUUCGAAGUCAAGUUCCUUCGUGGUCGGCGGCUCUAG